AUACGUCAGAUUAAUGUUGUUGUUUAAUAUACGACACAAACACAGCCAAUCAAACGUCAGUGUGCCACACGGUUACCACCCACUCAUGGAUCCAUGGACCCAGAAUUUUGAUUUGUUUUAAAAAUAUUUGGCAUGCGAUGGUGCGCUAGUUAUUAAAAUUUCGCAAUAACAAAAGUUCUUAAAUCGACCUAAAUACCCGUACAAAUUCAAUAUCGUGUCGUGUUCGAAAUGUCGUCGGACAAACCAUAUUAAAACAAAGCAAAUUUAUCGUGUUUUGUGUUCUAUUCCUAGUUCUUUAAACUGAUGUCCACAGGAGCCCUACUGUUGAAUUCAUCAGCCCGACCUGAAGAUCCGGAUUUACUUUUAAAGCAGUUAUUGGACUACGUGCAACGCUGCCAACGAAGAUAUGGCGGAAAAAACGAGCUAGCAACCGAGUUUGAUUCAUGUGUGGCAGGGCUUUGCUUGUGCCUUGAAGGCGUUUUCCUUCACGGCUUGAGAACCAAAUCAUUUUCCAGCCAAAACCAGGUUAAUUCAGCUCUGAAGCAGGUAUCUGAUAUUGUUGCUCAAAGUUUACAUAUCCGCCAAGAAAGCAUAGCAUUUUGGACUUUUGUGGAGAACCACCUCACAAACCAUGAAAACGAGCGGUUCAAUAUUCUGAAGAAUAUUUGGACUGAUAUCGGCAAGUGCAAGGCUUGGGUUCGAUCUGCCUUAAAUGAGAAGUCCCUAGAAAGGUAUUUCCACAUAGUUCUAAGCGACAAACUCAUCCUUAAAGAACAUUAUGAGUCUUGGGCUCUGCUUCGCGAUGAAGACAGAAACAGCAUGCUGCCGAACAUGGCGGCAGGGCUCGGCUCUAUAUUGUUUGCAAUAAGCAUUGAUAAAGUCGAGUUCAACACUUCAAUCGUACCCAGGCCCAUGCUGGUCGGACAUCGAGAAGAGCCUGUGAUUAAGGUUCCAAUUCCAGGUAAUAAAGACCGAAAAGACAAUAAAAGCAGACGUAAAGUGGCUAGACAGAUCAUAUCAUUCGACGAAGACGACAGCAUGUUGUCUACCAGCGUUCCGUCGAUUUCUAGCAGCAGCACGUGCUCAGACAGUAGUAGUAUAGGCAAGCAGCGAUUGGUUGAAGAUUCGGACAGUAAAAAGACUAUGGACAAUAAACAUGCUGCAACGAAUAGUAUUCCUAGUGCCAAAGAUGCGGAAAAGCCGAAAACAGGCAGACAGUUGUCAAUAGAAAACAGUGGCUCAAGAGAAAAGUUUUCUUCAAAUGUUCCGGGAAGUUUGACGCCAAUUAACCAGAACAGUAUUGGGGAGUUAACUCCGGUUUCUGUAGAGAGGAUUCGGGAUCUUAGGGAAUCUCCUGACACAUCGGAUGAUAUUUUGGAAGUACCAACCGAUAUUUCCGCCGUGUUAACUGUGGUCGAGAAUAGGAAUCAAGAAGAGAUUAAAAGAAGAGAUGAUCGCAUAGUGCGCUUAUCCAAGGAAAACGAGGCCUUAAAGAAUCAACUUACUAAGUAUAUGAGCGCGAUUCAGAUGUUGAAACGCGACGACCAAGGCAUGCAUCAGCAAUUGGACGGGAUUGAAGCCGAAUCUCCGCCCGAUUACAAAGAUGAGGCUAAAAUGUACGAGCAGAAGCUCAUACAGGUGGCUGAAAUGCAUGCCGAGUUGAUGGAUUUCAACGUAAUGCUACAGAAAACCUUGCUCCAGAAAGACACCGUUUUGGAUCGCCUUAAAAGGGAAUUUGAGGCACUUAGAGGUCCCAUGUCGGUGGAUGAGUUAGAAUACGAUGCAGAACCCGGCUGUGUCAAUGUAUGGAUUCCUUCGGCAUUUUUAACAGGUUCGGGUUCUAAUUCCCAUCACGUGUACCAAAUAUUCUUAAGAGUAGGCAACGACGAAUGGAACAUCUACCGAAGAUACGCUCAAUUUCACGCUUUGCAUUCCGACUUGAAAAAGUUGGAUCCUGCAGUAAGCACGUUCGAUUUUCCACCGAAAAAAAGCAUAGGAAAAAAGGAGAGUUCGUUGGUAGAAGAGCGCCGCAAGCGGUUGCAAAUGUAUCUGCGUAGAGUAAUCGCCCAUUGGCCCGAAUUAACCCACUGUAGUAAUCGCUUUUUGUUGGAACAACACUUGGCGUUUUUUAAGGAUCAGCAAGAAGAUGAAAUUAAAAGAAACUUGCUUUCUUCUAGAAGUGUUGGCAAUUCGAGCAACUACUCAGGCUUAUAAGUACAUGUUUUCGUUGUUUCGACCAAUGAGCCAACAGUACUUCAGUACUAACGAUUCCGCGGUAAAAUAAAUGUAUUAGUUGUAUUUUAUAAUACGUUUUCAGAGAUAAAAUCUGCUUCUAUACCAAUAUGCUUAAUAACUUAUUUUCAAUUUUGUAACAUUUUCCUUCUGAUGAAACUAGGCAAUUUUAUUAUUUUAUGAGCAAGUCCUUUGACGUAGUACAAUGGCCUUUUAGGUGAAUUUUGUUAUUAGUUUUAAUGGUAUUUCGUUUUAAAUACCCUAGAAGACCCGCUGAUAACUAACUAUUCUUGAUUACUUAAUAUAAUUCUUCCUUAAUUGAAAAGUGACUUUGCAUACCAGUUUUACAAUACUUAUUAUUGUUAUUAUUAAUGUUUCUGUUAUUAUGUACCAUGUUCAAUUUAUAAACCUAUAUAUUUAAUAGUUGAUACUGGCAGAAAAACAUUUAUUGUAAAUUGAAAUAUAAAAUUAGUUUUUUAAA